ACGCAUCCCGCAAAUCGUCUCCGAAACAACUUCCCCGCAUCUCCGUGGAUAGUGCAUCUAGCGGCGCUUCUAAAACAAAAAUACACCCAACCGCCACAACGCCUCGUCCGGAUAAUGUGGCUGGACCGGAGGUAGAUGUAAGGUCCGUGACGCGGCCAAAAUGAGGUAACGCGUCACGACAGCAGACGACGUGUCGUUGCAUCUCAGCUUCAAACCUCUUCUCCUGGUUACUUCCUUCGCAAGCGUAUGUAUCGAGCUUUCAGGGAAUUAAACCAGCAUGGAACAUCAAUUAGACAUUGUCGUUGUUGGCGCUGGGCUUUCAGGUCUCGCAGCAUCGAUUCAAUGCGCUCUCUCUGGUCACUUGGUGAUGGUGUUGGAAAGCGCAAGAGAACUCGCUGAAAUAGGGGCUGGUCUCCAGCUCACACCCAACGCUACCCGGCUCCUCCAGCAGUGGGGCGUAUAUGACACUGUCAAGGAUCAAGUCUGCGAACCAGCGACUCUCACAGUGCUCAAUUACCAAGGUAAAGUGCUUGCGCAGGAAGACGGGUUUGAUAACAACAUCCGACGCAAGUAUGGGGCGCCGUUCUCAGACUGUCAUCGUGUAGACCUACAGCAGGCGCUUGUGAAAAGGGCGAAGGAGCUAGGUGUGAGGGUGAUACUGAGCGCAAAGGUCACUAGUAUCGACGUCGGUAAUGCACCUGGAAGCCAGGCCGAGGUUGCUAUUGAAGGGGGCAACAUCUAUGAUGCAGAUCUUGUCGUCGGCGCAGAUGGGCUGUGGUCAACAUGCCGCUCGUCAUUCCUCGGCCGUAGGGACCCUCCGCUUCCCACCGGCGAUCUUGCCUACCGCAUUGUCCUCAACAUCAAUCAAAUCAAGGACCCUAAGCUGCGAGGCAUGGUGCAAAAUCCCGCGUGUCGAUUCUGGGCAGGCCCGGAUGCACACGUUGUAGCAUACAGUAUGCGCAGCGGAAACAUGUACAAUGUCGUUCUUCUCGUGCCGGAUGAUCUUGAGGAGGGAGUCGCUAGGACCGCUGGUGACUUGGACGAGAUGAGAAAGUUGUUUGAAGGAUGGGAUCCAGUGUUGACCCAGCUUCUGGAAUGUGUGGACAGAGUGGAUAAAUGGAAAUUGAUGCAUCGCAAGGAGAUGGAGUCGUGGGUCAAUCCACACAGUAACUUGGUGCUGAUUGGCGACUCAUGUCAUCCGAUGUUGCCGUAUCUUGCACAGGGCGCAAAUUCCUCGAUUGAAGAUGGCGCGGUCCUAGGUCUGCUCCUAGCGCCGGAGAACUUUACGUCAAAGGAACAACUACCAGAGACGCUACAGCUCUUUCAGCAACUGCGGAAAGCAAGAGGUGAAGCCAUAGCACGGGAAACAUUCAAGCAGAGGAAAGACUUUCACAUGCGCAAUGGUCCCGAGCAGGAAAAGCGAGAUGAGUUGAUGCUAGGACAGUUGGGCAAAGAGCUAGAUGGGGCGUUUCCGAGUCGGUGGACGUGUCCCGAGGUGCAGCCUUGGCUGUAUGGAUACGAUGCAGUGAAGGAAGUUCAGGCGGCCGUGAAGAGCACGAAAACGUGAAGCCUUGAAACACCGUUGUGGGGUUGUGGCAGAGAAAGCGUGGUCGCAUUGGAACCAUGCUGCGGGACGUUGGGAAGAACCGAGCAGCAGCCUCGGACGUUUCUUCGGAAUAAGAUAGACUAUUGGACACAUCAAGGAAACUAUUUGGC